UCCAGAAAAUACUCAAAUAGAUAAUCGCUUCAAUCGCACAGCCUUGUCCUGACGUUUGCUCUCAACUGCAACUCCUUUGCAUCUUCUUUCCUUUACAACUUUUAAUACCUUACACCUAUUCACUGUCAGGACACUAGCAACAAUGCUUGAAGUAUUGUUUGGAAAGAAGAAAACACCUGCAGAGCUCUUACGGGAGAACAAGCGGCAGUUGGAUAAGGCUAUCAGGGAGCUCGAUCGAGAACGCAUGGCUCUGCAGCAGCAGGAAAAGAAAACAGUAAUGGAGAUUAAAAAGAUGGCAAAGGAGGGGCAAAUGGAAGCGGUCAAGGUGAUGGCCAAGUCACUCGUUCGCAAUCGACAUGCCGUCACAAAGAUGUACGGCCUCAAAUCCGAGCUGCAGGCGGUGUCACUGCGGCUCGCAACGCUCAAGUCUACUCAGGCCAUGGCGGACGCGAUGCGGGGGGCCACCAAGGCCAUGCGCGCCAUGAACCGGCGCCUCAACCUGCCCAACCUGCAAGCAAUCAUGCGGGAGUUCGAGCGGCAGAACGAGCGCAUGGAGAUGACGAGCGAGAUGAUGGGGGACGCGGUGGACGAUGCGUUGCAGGACGAGGGCGAGGAGGAGGAGACGGACAACCUGGUAAACCAAGUCCUGGAUGAGAUUGGCAUCGGCAACAUGUCGGAGCUGGCCUCCGCGCCCGGCACUCGGAUGGCGGAGAAGCCGCAGGCCGCUCCGGUGGCCAUGGCGGAGGCGGAGGGCGGCGGUGCCGGUGGCGGCGGUGGAGGCGGUGGAGGCAUCGAUGAGGACUUGCAGGCGCGGCUGGACAACCUUCGCAAGUCCUAAAGGGGCGCUUGCUAGAUGAUGAUGGUGGUGGUGGUGGUGUCGUGAUGGUGGUGGUAUUGGUGUUGGACGGUACGGACUCCGUGUAAACACGUGGCGCACUUAUCCACCCGUGUUUAUCUCCAUGUGCGCAUCAUCAACCCCUGACCGGCAGAGAGCUUUUGCAAGCAUGGUGGGCAACUCAUUCGAGUUGCCGCAGCCGCAAAAGAAGUUACCAUGGCGGUAAUAAGACGUGGCUCAUUGGAAUGACCCAUGGGUCAUGCGCAUGCCUAGAAGGUCGCUGUGCUCCGAGUCAUGGUGCGGGGUUCUUGGAGGGCUAUCGAGGGCGGGUUUUGGAGGCGCCUUGCGGGUGUACGUGUGGCAUGUACAGGAUUGGAGCACAACAUCCGCUGCAUAUUGGGUGCCUGCUGGUUUUGUACGAUAUGAAUACGCACAAUAUAAACACACCGACCUAGCAAGCACCCUGAAGUCUGGACUGGGCAGGAGAACGGGUAGAGGCUGAUGAUGGAGGCUAGUCGGGGCAGCGUUGUGUGGGAGGUGCGGGCGGCUAGUUGCCAAGCAUGCGUGGUUUACGUGGAUGCGAGGGCAAACGUGGUUUCAGACAUUACUUAAGGUUUGAACUAGUGCUCAGACCUAAGAGAUACAGGCACGCCAAUCACAACCAAGCUACGUAGCUACUGGACGGCAGCCUUGCCUACCGGUAUGUGUGCGUCUGUUAAUUGGGUUGCAAGGUCGGUUAGUGUACGGCGUUUGGCAUGGUGUAUAGAGAGGAAGGGGUGUUAGGAGGGGGUUUGGUCACAGUUGGGCGCAUUUACUCGUUGUUGCAUGGAGAGCAUGGGCUGCAUGAGAGGUUGCAUGGGCAGAUGCGGGGCUCUGGGGCCUUGCCGUGCAAGCAGCAGGGGGACGUGGUUGGCACCUGGUGUUGCUGCUGAAGUGUCUACUGCUGCUGAAAUGGUUAGGCAAUAUCGGCGUUGUCAGACAGGCUGCACGCUGGCAACCGUUACAAGGGGGCGCACGCGUCACAGCACCUGUGUGUAGCACGAGAGGAAGCCCUGCUGCAGUUGCUUGGAAUAGCUUAUUCCGCUUGCCGUAUGAGGAGAUAGCUUAUCCUCAUCCGGCAGGCGGAAUGUGCUCGUAUUUACAAGGCAGCAGAGAUGCAGCGGGCAGGGAGACGUUGCAGGGUAGUCACGAGUCUUAUAUGGACAGGGUCUAGGCGGGCGGGCCGUGUUAGCGUACUUCGGUAUCGUUGACUAGCAUGAGCAAGGGGCAACUCUGAACCUAAUUCCGCAAGUAAAAGCGCAACUAUGGGC